UCAGGUGAUAUGAAGGUUUGCAGGGACACAAUCAACGAAAACAAGCGCUUCCUACACGGUACCAGCUACAAUAUAUAAACUCAGCAGCAACUUCAGCACUCUCAAAUCGGCUGUCGGGUUUUCUACAAGCCACAUCCCACAGAUAAGACUAGUACAGUACUGCAGAUUCAAGAACCUAGAGGAUUUUGGUACACAUUCUUCCAGGACAGAAGGACGUCUUCUGGGUUGCAGUACAUACUUCUGAAAUUUUACGAGGAGGCUAAAAGAUGAGGGAAGUCAUGAGGCUAUCUGCAGUUAAAGCUAUUGUUAUGUGCCUCGCCUGCGGAGCAAGUGCAUGGAUAGUGACCAAUUCCACCGACACUUUGUCAGCACCAAGCAAUUUCACUGACAUCGGCUCAGCUCUGAAACAUCACUUGGACUCUGCGAAUAUCUCCAAAAAUAGACGGAGACGAUACAUUUCCCAGGACGACAUGGUUGCUAUACUUGAUUACCACAAUAAAGUACGAGGCAACCAAGUCUUCCCACCUGCUUCAAACAUGGAGUACAUGGUGUGGGAUGAGAACCUUGCAAAGUCAGCUGAAGCCUGGGCAGCCACGUGCAUUUGGGAUCAUGGACCUCAAUAUCUCUUGAGAUUCUUGGGCCAGAACCUAUCUGUGAGAACCGGACGCUAUCGAUCCAUUCUUCAGCUUGUGAAGCCCUGGUAUGAUGAAGUCAGUGACUAUGUUUUUCCAUACCCUCGUGAUUGCAAUCCCAGGUGCCCUCUAAAAUGCUAUGGACCAAUGUGUACACAUUAUACCCAGAUGGUUUGGGCCACUUCAAAUCGAAUUGGCUGUGCAGUCAACACUUGUCAGAAUAUGAAUGUUUGGGGAUCAGUAUGGAGAAGAGCUACAUACUUGGUAUGCAAUUAUUCGCCAAAAGGGAAUUGGAUUGGAGAUGCUCCCUACAAAGUAGGCGUUCCUUGCUCAGCAUGUCCACCAAGUUAUGGAGGCUCAUGCAGCAACAACAUGUGCUUCCCAGGCGUCACCUCAAACUACCUGUAUUGGUUUAAAUAAGGCAUCCCAAAUUCAGCUCUCGAUGACAGUAAAAGGCAUUUAUCGUGAGGAUUUGCACAAAAUGUAUUUUCUAUAUAAAUUCCCAUUUCAGCUGCAUUCAUCAUAUAGUUUAACCUUUUUUUUUUUUUUUUUUUUUUAUUGAACCAGCAUAACUAGAUCUUGUACCAGCAAAAUUGAUCAGAGAUUUCCUUUAACCUGAUUUGUCAAUAUGAGGUCCCGAAUCUCUGGUAAAGGACCUUGAAUGUUAUCUUUCAAAGUAUGUUUAAUCACUGUUCCAAAUUAAUCCACCAGAAAAUACGUACAGUAAAUAUAGUAUUCAUUUAUGUAGUUCACCUGUUGCAGUACACACUCUGAAUACUGUCUUUCAAUGAAGACUAAAGUCUGCUUCCUUGCUGUCCUAUAUGUUCAAUCUAUCCAUUUCAAUUUGUGUUUGCAGGCAGUGGUAAUAUACAGUAACCACAUCAGAAAAAGCAACUACGCUCCGAUUUGAAUGACAAAUUGUAGAAAUCAAACAAUUGGAUGCAAACUGAUAACUUUCAGUAAGCUUAUUUAGCAUGUCAUAACAACAACACAGACACGGUGCUCUCUUCUCUACCAAAGCCAGGAGGCUUUGAAUACAUUUCAUCAACACACUGUGAACAAGUUUCUGAACAAACAGCAUGAUCAACAUUAACACAUAUA